AUGAAGUUUUUCGCAUUCUGUCUGCUUUUGGGUGCUGUUUCAGCCGAAGCACCAUUUUCGGGCUACGCACCGUCUGGAUGGCGCCCUCAAGGUGCUCAAUUCCGGUUACCAACGGAAUAUGGAGCCCCCGUGGUUCAACAAGCGGUAGACGUUGAGGUUACUAAGGAAAACAUAGCUUAUGCAGGCCAACUCGUUGAAACGACUACUGAGCAAAAUUUACCUAACGAAUAUCUACCUCCAACAACCACCGUUCAGCCGGAACUUGAUCCAAUUCGUGUCCAAGGGCUUCCUGAUAAUCAGUUCAAAAGCUUUCAGCAGACUAAUACUCAACAAGGAGUGCGAGCUAAUCUCCAAGGAAGGUUUAAUCCAGCUGUUAAAUCAUCCCAAGUUCAGCAACCUCAACCAAUUUUUCCUCUAAACGGUCAGCUGCGUGUCCUUCCGGCGAAUAAUUUCGUUUUUGGCCGACAACAAAAAGUUGAGUCGCCUGCGCAAACCUAUGGAGUUCCAGAUGCUGGUAGUGACGAACCGGAAACAUCCGAACAACCUGAAGAAACACAACCCACUGAACAACCGGAUACGGAUGAAGAUGACAAUCAAAGCGAUUCUAACCCGGAUAACGAUCGACCAGUUAUUGCCGUUUCUAAUGCCUUUUCCGGUCAGUAUUAUAUCCUCGGCCAAGACAACAAUUUACAAAGGGUAGUAUAUUCGACCUCACAAUCCGAAGACGAUCGUCGCCAGAUGGGUUUCAGUGCGCAGCUACGCUACUCACCAGUGGAACCAAUAAAAGGACCUGUUUACGCGUAUAACCAACAAGGUCAACUGAUAAGGAUCUACAAGUAA